AUGGAUUAUUGUGAAUUGCUCUACGAACAUCUGAAACGAAAAAAUAAUCCUGAUUACUAUAUCAAUGGGUUUAUCAUUCUUAAUUACUUUAUCAACAGCUAUAUCAUGAUGAAAUAUAAAGGCUUUGAUCAAUUAAUAGCCAAAUCUCAAAUUGAUUUUGUUGUUUAUUUGAAUUUGUUUUCCUUUUAUGUGAACGAUAAUUCUAUUCUUUCCAAUAAUGAAAUGGGAUUCCCGGAAAUAGCCCUGCUGCAGCUCCGUACUCUUGUAUUGGAAUAUUUGAUUGAUAAUCAGUUAUUGAGCUUUGAUGUCAAUGAACUAUACAAUUGGUUGUAUGAAUAUAUCGACUACUUGCGUCAAAAAGAUAAGCAGGAAGGUUUGAAAAAGGACAAUACCGGAGAUACAAUACUAAAUGGACUACAGAAUUCUCCCACCGAUAAAGAUCAAGAUAAUGAUUCCUUCACAACGAAAUUCCCUUCACUAGAAGAUCCAGAGCCAUUCAUAGAAUUUAACGAAAGUGAUUCGGAUUCCAACACUGAUAAUGAUGGCACUUUGAAGUCACCAAGUAAUGCUUCUGCCACAAAUUUGGCUCGAAAGAGACCUACAUUACCGUAUCCAUUGAACGUGACCGAGGAGGUCACUAAUCUUACUCCGUUUAUAGGAGAAACAACACCAGUGUUACCUCGGAUACUGACAGAACCUUCAAUUUCAAUUGACCCUGAGAUAAACCAAGAUAAAAUAUUAAAGGUUGCUCGUACUACCACUGAUCCAAUACUUCCACUCAGUAAGAGACCCCCACAGGUUAUCCCUCCAGUUCCAAAAACAAAUACUCAGUAUAUAAGAAACUCAGUUAAUCCUCCUCCUAAGUCAUCAUCUCCAGGUAAAUCUGUGCAACUCUCUACCACGGUGCAAACGGGAAAUUUUACCCAACCUUUACCACCCAAAGGUAAUAGUACUAGCAGUGGCAGAGUUGCCUAUAAUCAGAAGCAAAAUAGCUCAGCGUAUCCUCCACAACAACCACCACUACCACCACAACAGUUUCAAGCUCCAUGGCCACAACAACAGUAUACAAACAACUACCCUCCUCCACCACUUUCACAAUUCCCUUCCUCUCAACAGUUCCCUCAUAAUCAACAAAUUUAUCCCCAACAGUUUCCACCGACUCAAUAUUAUCAGGGUCCCCAAUAUCCACCACAGCAAAUAAUGAACGCAUCAUAUUCGAAUGGAUAUGCACCACCUAUGAAUGUAAAUCCUUACAAGGUGUAUGGAAUAUGUGGAUUGAAGAAUUUUGGUUCUAGUUGUUAUAUCAACCUGACACUACAAGUGCUAUUUGGUCUGUAUUACUUCAAAAGGUUAAUGCAAUCGCUUGAAAUUCCAAGAGCACCAAAUUCACUUGCCGCAUCCAUUUUAGGGUUACUAAACGUAUUUACUAACAAGGGGAACAGCAAUAUCACCCCUGCCAACUUUAUUAGAACCGUGAAACAUUUUAAGCCAGAGUUUAAUGUACCAUUUGAACAACAAGAUGCUCAAGAGUUUCUUAUAUUUGUUUUGGAUCAAUUACAUAACGAGACUCGAUUCAAACCUCAGAAUACUCCAGUUGUUGAUGAUCGUUUAUUAUGUGCGCAGAAAGAUAAAGAUGAAUACGCCAAAUGGUACGACGACUUAAUCAAAUAUGAAGGCUUGAGUCCCAUUCAUGAUUUAUUUCAAGGUCAUUUGCAGAGUAAAUUAAUCUGCUACAAAUGUUCACAUGAAAGUGCUUCUUAUUCAUCUUUUACAAUCUUAUCAUUACCAAUCCCAUCAUCUGGAUCAAUGGUAAAUUUAUCUGAUUGCUUGAUGUAUUAUACACAAGAUGAAGUUCUUAAAGGUGAUAAUGCAUGGAAAUGUCCCAAAUGUUCCAAAGCAGUGGAUGCUUUAGAAGGACAUAGAUUGGAUAACAAUCCCGUUUUCCAUGUAAAGAAAUCAGGCAUAUUUAAGUUUAAACGCUCCAAAUCACCAUCAAAGGAGCCUGAGCCUAUAAAGCUUCAAUCUUCAGCACCAGACCUGCUCUCAUUGAAACGGUUGACAUUUGUUAAACUUCCCAAGAUUUUGUUUAUUCAUUUAUCAAGAUUCUCCAACAUGCAACAUAAGUUAACUGUUCCUAUCAAGUUCCCGUUGAAACUUAAUUUCGAACAUGAUGCAGAACCCGUAUUGUAUAAUUUGGUUGGAGUUAUCAACCAUUUUGGGUCCCUUAAAUCCGGACAUUACAUUUCCGUUGUCAAUAAGAUGCUUGAUGCAAAAUUCCAUCUGCAGAGUCCCUCUUCUACCAAUUCUCCACCACAUGGGUGGUAUUUAUUUGAUGACGAACAUAUUGUCAACACUAGCAUGGGCAACAACGAUACAGUGGAAUCCAGGGAUGCAUAUGUCCUUUGCUACGAGCGAUUAUAA